AUGUAUGCAGAUACUCCCUCAAUCACUUCGCACAGAACAGCCGCCCAGCCCACCCAACCCGAGCAUCGCAUGCCUGCUCCCGACGGCGGGGUUCCUUCGUUUCGUUUCCUCGCGCCCACCGGCACCGUCCCCAUAUUCAUCCUUGCCCAGCUGACAGAGGAAUCUCCCGAGAUUUGGCGGAGCGAGAUUCUCAUCGCGAAGCCCUUGGAGCCUCAUUGCAGAAUGCUGGCCAAGAGCGGUUGA